AUGCCACCGUUGCUUCAGAGGAUACUCUCUCGCAAGACCGCCAGAACCGCCGCCGUCCUCUCUGCUACCGUUACCGGCCUCUACCUUGUUGACACCCACAAGAACGCCAAAGCCUUUCAACGGACAGCGCGCACCGCCUGGAAUGGUACCCUCCGCGCACUCUACGACGACGCCUCAUCAGUCGAAUACAGUGUCGUGGAAAAGAUCAUCCAAAAGGAACUGGGCAAGGAGAUCCACGAAGUCUUUAGUACCUUCUCCAGAGAACCCGUCGCAGCAGCCUCGAUCGCACAGGUGCACAAGGCCACCCUCCUCGAUGGAACCGAGGUCGCGGUCAAAGUCCAAAAGCCCGAGAUCCAGGUCCAGAUCGAAUGGGACCUGAUCGCCUAUCGGUUGUUGAUCAAGGCCUACGAGCUAAUCUUUGACCUUCCCAUGUCGUUUGCAGUUGACUAUACUAUCCGCCAUCUUCGGGAAGAGACCGACUUUAUUAACGAGGUGCGGAAUUCUGAGCUCUGUAAUGAGUACCUCCAGACGGAUCCACGACUCCGACACCAGGUCUAUGUCCCCAAGAUUUUCAAGGAUUACAGCACCAAACGGGUCAUGGUCGCGGAGUGGGUCCAUGGAUGCAAGGCGACGGAUAAGGCAAGGUUGAAGGAGAUGAACCUGAGUCCCAAGAAGGUCAUGGAGUCUGUCGUCGAUGUCUUUGCCCAUCAGAUCUUUAUCUCUGGAUUUGUCCAUGGCGACCCUCACCCAGGCAACAUCCUCGUCCGCAAGCAUCCCAACGAUCCACGGAAACACCAACUCUUGCUCCUGGAUCAUGGACUUUACAUGCGGGAGUCAGAAGAGUUCAGGAAACAAUACUGCCUCUUCUGGAAGUCUCUAUUCCUCCUUGACAAGCACACCAUCCAGGACAUUUGUACCCUCUGGGGAGUGGGCGAUUCACAAAUGAUGGCGAACGCAACGCUCCUAAAACCCUACAACGCCAACCUCUCCCCAAACAUCACCCCAACAACUAAUACCUCCGUCCUCGAUGCAUACGAGAUCCAGAUGAAACUCAAAACAACCCUGAAGGAUUUCCUCAUCAAUUCUGAACUCCUCCCCAAGGAACUCAUCUUCAUCGGCCGAAACAUGACCAUCGUCCGGGCCAACAACAAGACCCUGGGCAGUCCUGUGAAUAGAAUCAACCGCAUGGCGCGGUGGGCUGUUGUCGGACUGGGUCAUGAUCCUAGUUUCUGGGUUUCGACUGUUCCUACCCACCAACUCGUCACUUCCUCCUCCUCUUCAUCAACCGACAAUAAUACUUCAAAGACAUUGACGAGACAGCAACCGCUAACCUUCUGGAGAUGGGUCUCGUUGAGUCUACAGACGAGGUUCAACUACUGGGUCUUUGAAGCCGCCCUGGCCUUGAUGUCGGCCGCAUACCAUUUCGCUCAGGUCAAGAGCUAUCUUGAGAAGGUCGUCCUCGGUCGCAAGUCGGAUGGGUUCGAGGCCGUCCUGGACGAUGCAUUGAAGCAGCGCCUCGAGGCAGAGUAUGGCAUCAAGAUCGAAGGAGAUCUCUUUGACGCGUAA